UCUCAAUUUAAAACUUUGGUUUCAGACCCAUUAGUCUUAUUCCUUUCAUUACUCGUCACUUUUGUGUGAUACAUAUUAAUUAGUGGCUUUCUUUGAAACCACAAAAUGAUUUUAUUAAUCUAAUCUCACAUGGAAUGAAGCAUAUUUACAUUUCUUGUUCCACAAGUACCUUCUCAAUAACCCUCCUUGAUCUCUACUCAAAGAACCCCAAAGUAAACUUCCCCAACAUCUGACAACUUCAACAUCUUCUUAUACCAUUUCUUGAUUUUAUCUCUAAGAACCAAACAUAAACCAAAACCUACGAGAAAAUGGGAGACCAAGGAGUACAACAAAUGCAGCAGCAGCCUGUUGUUGUGUAUCCAAACGCAUACACUAAGCAGUAUCCAUAUCCAUCUGCAUCAUCUUCUUCUUCCUCCUCUGGCUCACGCGGUUCCUUUGGGACGGUCUUCAUAGUUCUUGCUGUGAUCCUUGUCUUGUCGGUUCUGGCUUGUGUCUUCGGGAGGCUAUGCAACCGUGAAAGCCGCGCUGCCAAGCAGCCAAAGCAUGAGAAAGGGUCGUCUAAGAAGAGCCGUGAGAUUCGGCCUGUGGAUCGUGAGCCGAGGGAGAGAGGUGAUUUGGAGUUUGGGUUGGAUAUGAAACGGUCUGACCAUGUUGAGAAACCCUCUGGAAGAGAUUACGGAGAGGAUAUAGAAUCGGGACUUGGUGACAAGAGAGAAGAAAGAGGCGGAGGAGGACCACCUCUUCCUCCGGUUAUCAAACAUGGAGUGAGAUUUAAGCUACCGGAGGAAAACGGAGACCAACAUGCUGGAGGCGAAAUAAGACGUGGAGGUCCUGACAUUGAGUUCCGACCAAGACACUAAUGCUGAAGCUAUCAAAGUUCGUAAUCUCAUGGUGUGAUAUAUACAAUAGAUACUGUAUAUAUCUAAGGUACUGAAUAAAUUCAGCAUACAUAUGUAAAAAUUUUAUGUAAAUUCCAAAAGAUUCGAAAAUUUUAUGGAAUAACUGUUGAUAUUA